ACUUUGGCUGUUUUAACUUGAACCGCUAGGGGAGCUCUUUCAUGCUUGUAGUAGUUGGUAUGAGAGACGUCGGCGUGAACGGGGUUAUUCAGUUGAAUGUAAGAGCUAGCGUGAUGAUGCUAAGCUAGCUGUCAGUCAGGUAUCCACGGUUUCUGCUGCUGAGUUAGCUACCGGAUACCCCCGGUCGUGUCCUGCUGGCCGUCUUGACAUUCCCUGUGCAUUCCUGGACGAAUUCGUGUCGACUGACCAGAGUCCGCGAAUUCAGGUCCACUCCUGAUCCAACCUUACCCCGCUAGCUUUACUUAGCUCGCCGGCCAACGAGAGUGCACACCCAGAGAACCGGACUGGCGAGAGUUGCACUUAAGGACCACACCCAAGCAAGAUGUCCCUUCAUCAGUUUCUGUUGGAACCCAUCACCUGCCAUGCGUGGAACCGCGACAGGACACAAAUUGCCAUCAGUCCUAAUAACCAUGAAGUUCAUAUUUACAAGAGGAGUGGGAACCAGUGGGUGAAGACUCAUGAGCUGAAGGAGCACAAUGGACACAUUACAGGUAUUGACUGGGCUCCCAAAAGUGAUCGUAUAGUGACGUGUGGAGCAGACCGUAAUGCGUACGUGUGGUCCCAGAAGGAGGGGGUAUGGAAGCCCACACUGGUCAUCCUCAGGAUCAACCGAGCAGCCACCUUCGUUAAGUGGUCUCCACUGGAGAACAAGUUCGCAGUUGGCAGUGGUGCCCGACUCAUCUCUGUCUGCUACUUUGAGUCAGAGAACGACUGGUGGGUGAGUAAACACAUCAAGAAGCCGAUCCGCUCCACCAUCCUCAGUCUGGACUGGCAUCCCAACAACAUUUUGCUGGCUGCUGGCUCCUGUGACUUCAAGUGCAGGGUGUUCUCAGCCUACAUUAAGGAGGUGGAAGAGAAACCAGGCCCCACGCCCUGGGGGAGCAAAAUGCCAUUUGGGGCUGUGCUAGCAGAAUUUGGAGGAGCAACUUCUGGUAACCGUCUGGCCUGGGUCAGCCAUGACAGCACUGUCACUGUGGUAGACAGCUCUAAGACUGCCAGUCCCUCACAGCUGAAGACGGAGUUCCUUCCUCUCCUCAGUGUCAUUUUUAUUUCAGAGAACAGUCUAGUAGCUGCGGGCCACGACUGUUGCCCCAUGCUGUUCCGCUGUGACGAUGGUGGAGCGCUGACAUUUGUUUCCAAGCUUGACCUCCCCAAGCAGAGCAUCCAGAGGAACAUCUCUGCUAUGGAGCGCUUCAGGAACAUGGACAAGAGAGCCACCACAGAAGACCGCAACACAGCCCUGGACACGCUGCACCAGAACAGCAUCACCCAAGUGUCUAUCUAUGAGGGAGACAAAAGGGAUUGUCGCAAGUUCUGCACCACGGGCAUCGAUGGAGCGAUGACCAUUUGGGACUUUAAGAUCUGAUUGUAAAUCUACCAGACCCUGGUUCCUCUCGGCCCACUUCCUGAUCUGAUUCUGAUACCCGAUUGGCCAUGGCGUACCACAGCUUUCUACUGGAACCAAUUAGCUGUCAUGCCUGGAACAAAGAUCGGUCCCAAAUCGCCCUGUGCCCCAACAACCACGAGGUUCACAUCUACAAGAAGGAUGGGACCAAGUGGACCAAAAUCCAUGAGCUGAAGGAGCACAACGGGCAGGUGACAGGUAUUGACUGGGCUCCAGACAGUAACCGUAUCGUAACCUGUGGAGCGGACCGCAACGCCUAUGUGUGGACCCUGAAAGAGGGAACAUGGAAGCCCACCCUGGUUAUCCUCAGGAUCAACCGCGCCGCCCGCUGUGUGAAGUGGUCACCAAAAGAGAACAAGUUUGCUGUUGGCAGCGGCUCGAGACUCAUCUCCAUCUGCUACUUUGAGCAGGAAAACGACUGGUGGGUGUGCAAGCACAUCAAGAAGCCGAUCCGCUCCACCAUCUUGAGCUUGGACUGGCAUCCCAAUAAUGUCCUGCUGGCUGCUGGAUCCUGUGACUUUAAAUGCAGAAUGUUCUCAGCCUACAUAAAGGAGGUGGAGGAGAAGCCCGGGCCUACUCCUUGGGGCAGCAAGAUGCCAUUUGGGGAGAUGCUGUUUGAGUCUGGAGGGGCCGCAGCUGGAGCUCCGACUUCAGGAGGAGGUGGCGGUUGGGUGCACAGUGUGUGUUUUUCACAUUCCGGCAACCGCCUGGCCUGGACCUCCCACGACUCAACGCUGUCCGUUGCAGAGGGAGGAAAGACAAGCACCGUGAACAGUCUGAGUUCAGCAACGCUUCCCCUCCUGUGUGUUACCUUCAUUACAGAGAACAGCCUAGUCGCAGCUGGCCACGACUGUUACCCCGUGCUGUUUGUGUAUGAUGAAGCCAAGGGAAGCUUGACAUUCGGGGGAAAGCUUGACAUUCCCAAGCAGGCUGCCCAGAAGGGCAUCAGUGCCAGGGAACGCUUCCAGAACCUGGACCGUCGAGCCUCAGAGACCCAGAGCACUGACAAGGAGCUGAACACUCUCCAUAAGAACAGCAUCAGCCAAAUCUCAGUGCUGGAAGGGGGGAGGAACAAGUGUACCAAGUUCUGCACCACCGGUAUGGAUGGAGGAAUGGGCAUCUGGGAUGUCAAGACUCUGGAGUCGGCUAUGAAGGACCUAAAGAUAGUGUGAUCUGAAGUUUGCAUUUCCCUGACAGAAAUGUAACUGGAGACACAAAGAAAACUGUUGCCUUAUUACACAAAGCUUCUUUGCUAUAUCUUAAACAUGUAUAUUUUUUAAUUAAAAAUGUAAAAUGAAUGAUCAGACCACCGAUCAAACAGUGUUUGAAAUCCUUAUGAAGCUCUUUACUGGUCCUAUUAAAUUCAAUACAGAGGGGCUGACCUUAGCUCUGCAAAUGGUACUUAAUGAUUCAGAUUAGUACAUUCACAAAGAGCUAAAUCUGUGCUAAAUGCUUGAAGCAGCAAUUUUAUAUUAAUCUCAGUAAAAGGCUGAAGUACUUUUAAAAGCUUAUGCUGGUCAUAAUAUGCAUUAAAUAAAGGAAUACUGUUACAACUCUCA